AUGGGAAUCAAAACAACCAGACAUACGUCAACAGACUUUGACGAAAUCAAUAAAAAGAUCGCACGCCUUCUAAAAGAUCCAUCAGAUGCAAUGGAUCAGGCACCGAUUGACAUUGAUGCAAUGUCACUCUCUGAUUUAAAGGCCUUUGCUGAGCAAGGUGGCCUUGGAGCCUGUGUAUCAAAAGAAGACGUCCUUGCCGAGACACCAGAAGAUUUGAUGUAUCUCUCAGGAAUAUUUCAAUGGCUCAUUCAAGAAUUUAAGGGUUAUUGUGAAGGUGUCAUUGGACAAUUCAAUGCAGAAAGUGUUCAUUUUGUUGAGCUAGACCCACGUGUAUUGGAGUCCUUGGAUGCCGACCUUGAAUUUGCCAUGGAUCAGUCCUACGGAGGGCGUUACUCCGCUGCUAGUCAAACCACAGACUUUGAAUCCUAUGGCGUUCGAUCCUCUCACGACGAGCCCAAACGUGAUCCAAUGCGUCCUGAUUUGGACUUGCACACACGCCAUUCAAUCAGAUCAUUCUCUUCAACCUCAGAACAAUAUUCAUCCUCGGUUCAUGAAAAACCAUGGCUACAUCGCUCCAGUUUUGAAAGUUUAAAUACGCACAACUCGGCAUCAUCUCCGUUAGCAACCUCUCAUAUCGGGCAGUAUAUGCCAGGAAUUGAUGAUACUCUGUCGAUAAACUCGGAGAGAAAAGAUGAGGAUAUAUUUGAUACAUCUGCUCUUAAUGAAGACUAUUCUGACGAGUCUGAAGAAGAAACUGGAAAACGUCGCGGUGCAACAACCUAUAACAAACAGCAACAACAACAGCAACAACAGCAACGAGCUCCUAUAUCUUUAGUAGUAGAACCUUCCGUAAGCAUGGUUAGAGCAUCACGAGCUACACGUCCAUCGAUUUCUGAAAGCACGACCCACACUACCCACCCCUCUCCUGUAAUACAUCCAGCACCCACGACUCGUCCAGUACCUACUAAAAAUACCGUAAAAGACCCCAUAAAAAUCAAUUCGGGACAUGAAGAUGACCAUAUGAAUGAUGGGGAUGAUGAGGGUGAAAAUGGAGAGCACAGUGGAACACCUUUAAAAAAUCCGAUAAAACCUUCCUCAUCUGUCACAAAGAGUGAUUCUGUCGAUGAAUAUGGAUUUAUUGUUGAUAAUGCAAAUCAAAGAGCCAACCAUGGAUCAAUGAGAUCUGAUAUUUCUCCAAAAUCCAUGAAAGCUUACAGAGAGAGAGAGGCAAAAUGGCUGUCAAUUGUUGGGAAGCUUGAUGCAGGGACGGCUAAGAAAGAUGCUAAACUCAAAAAACUAGUUCGAAGUGGUAUCCCUGCAUCUGUACGAGCUCGGGCAUGGCAGUUCUUGGCCGGAAGUAUGGACUAUAAGAAGAAAGGCUACUAUGAGGCCCUUGGGAAGAAGAAGCCGACCGAGAUUGAUAGUGUCAUUGAGAGGGAUAUCGCAAGAUGUUAUCCUGAUCAUAGUCAGUUCAAUGACGCGAAUGGACAAGGACAACUUGAUCUUAGGAAUAUUCUUAAAGCAUAUUCCCGGCAUAAUCCACAGGUUGGAUAUUGUCAGGGUAUGGGGAGACUAGCAGGAUGUAUGCUGAUGCACAUGCCGGCAGAAGAUACUUUUUAUUUAAUGGUUGCCACAUUGGAUCGCUACAUGAAUGGAUAUUUCACUCCAACUUUAUCUCAACUGCGAAUUGAUGCAUACAUUAUUGGACAGCUAUUACAUGAUCAUCUCCCCAAACUUGCACAACAUUUAGAAGCAAAUGACAUUAUGCCGAUCAUGUAUAUUGCACAGUGGUUUCUGACUGCAUUUACUAUGGCUCUUCCUUGGCAAUCUGUACUUCGAGUUUGGGAUGUAUUUUACUUUGAAGGUGUAAAAGUGUUUUACCGUAUUAGCUUAGCCAUCCUAGAGAUCUCCAAAGACUACCUACUUAACUCCUGUCCGACAAAUUCCGAGCUUCUUGCAUUUUUACUUCAUAUACCUCACAAAUCUUUAGGUCCUGAUUUACUGCUUGACACAGCAUUUCGGAUCAAGCUGUCCAAAACAGAUAUCAAAAAGUAUGCCAAAAAGGCAAGCACAAGCAAUGAUGCCACCACAAUGGGAUUACCGUUUGAGCAUGGCAUUAAAAAUCUCAUGGUCGGCGAAAGCCAUACCAGCGGCCUUUCUGGUCUAAAGGGAUUAGGAAAACAUAAGUAG